AUGCGUCGCGGGGGUGAUCAGCUUCGUGACAGCUCUCGCAUGGGCGGAUGCAGCGAUCAACAGUCCAAUCACGCCGUUCGGAACCACCGUUCACUUCGGAAAGCGACAUGCGACAGCCAGAAUGAGAAGGUUUCGGCUUGCAUGGCCAAUCUCACUUCAUUUCACCUGGCUAGUAAGGAAAAAGUGGGUUCCGAACAAAGACGCAACAUAGUGAUGAUUCGGCUACGCCGCGGUCGAAUGAAUGCAAGCUGUGCGAAGGCGGGCCUCCCAAAUUGCGGAUUCGAGUCGCAGAGCGUGCGAAGGAAAAAAUCGCCGCUCAGUCAGCAUCUGACUGGUCUGCGCCGGCACACCGCGAUCGUCAUCUUGGACCGUGCGAAAGAGCCCUUCGGCCUGAUGACUGUAGAACCACCGUCGAAGGAUCAGAACAACUGUCUCACACGUUCGUUGUACGCUAAGCCUGCCGAAGAUCAAGUCACAGGUCGAGAUCUGGUCGGUGAAUUGGGUGAUGAGUUGAUCGAUCCAAGUACAUCAAAGUCAACGUAA